AUGAAAAUAUCAUUUACUUUUCUCUUUGCCAUUUUGGCAUUGUUUUGUGCUGUGCACUACAGCUCCGCUGCUUCAGCUGUUAUAGCCGAUGAGAGUGCUUUGCAAGAACGCUUGGAAAACCUUGAAGUUGAGCCUCAAGUUAAAGAGGCUUUAGCUGAAGAAUUGGAUAAUGAGCUUGAAGAUGAUGAUGAUGAAGCUGAAUUCUAUGAUGAUCUCGAAGAUGAUGAUGAAAAUACACAAUUGUUUGAUGAACCUCAAUAUGAUGAUGAUGACAAUACUGAAUUGCUUGAUGAUGAUGAAAAUGAAUUGAUGGAAGCUGAAAAUGACGAUGAUGAGGAAAACGCCAAUGAAUUGGAAGAAAUUGAUGCUCGUGCUCGUCGUGGCAGACGCAGGAACCGUCGCAACGGUCGUAAGGGUCGCAAAUACCGCCGAUCUCGUAAAAAUCGUAAAAACCGUCGUUCCCGUAAAAACCGCAAAAACAGCAAAAACCGUCGUUCUCGUAGAAAUCGCAAAAAUCGUAAUGCUCGUAGAAACCGCAGACGUCGUAAUCGUUCCGGUUAA